AUGUGUUUGUGUGUGUUUGCUUGUGCUCAGAGCACAAUCCUUGAGAUGGAAGAGGGUUUCACAGGACUCAAUUUCACUCUGCCAGCCCCUCGAACUGUACCACCAAACAUGAUACCUUCCGUUUAUCUUCCCUCCUGUCUGAAGUCAAGGAGCACAUCCAAAGUGGUGUGUACUUACUAUAAGGACAAAACAUUAUUUCAGAGGGGUUCGUCUGAUCUUCUGGGCGACAUAGUUGGACUCUCUGUGGAGAACGAGAUCAUCAAAAACCUCCCAGAACCUGUCAGAAUCAGCUUUCAUCACUCUGCUCUCCCAGCUAACUAUUCUAGAAGAUGUGUUUCAUGGGACACAAGAAAAGAUAAUGAAGUGACCUGGAGAUAUGACGGCUGUGAGACUGUUAAAAUCCACGACACAGAGACAGAAUGUUGCUGUAAUCAUCUCACAUACUUUGCCAUUCUUGUGCAUGUGGAACUGAAGGAUACAGUUCGCCAUCUACAGGCUCUGACAGCCUACGGUCACAAACAGGCCAGAGACAAGAGGAGUGCAGGAAUCCUGGAGAUGAACCGGGGCCAAGGAGAAUCGGGAUCGCGGAGACGUUAUAGACCCCUGGAGGCAAGGAAACAACAGAGGGAUGAACUUACAGGCCUUGGAGAAGCGAUCAACCACAACAAGGAUACAGGUGUUACCAUUCGAGGCAGUACGUCUUCCCUUCUGGGCAAUCCGGCGGAGCAGGUUCGGUGCGAAUGGCGUCACGGAUGUCCUGGUUGA